AUAAAUAAAACUGAAUAAAAAUACAAGUCAUCAAUUAAGGCCUUGGAUUGAUAAUUAAUGACAAACGCGUAUGCUAAAUGUUUGGUUAAUAUCGUCAGUCUUUGGUCAGUGAGAGCUAUUAUACUCAAAGUCCCGUUAAAAAAAACGUGUGUCGUAAAUAAAGAAAAGACUGAUCUAUCUUCAAUUAUAGUGCAGAAUGACGGACUCCAUGAAAUUCGGUCCUGAGUGGUUGCGCAAUCUAGCUGGAGACAGUUGCAAUUCGGGAGGAAGCGGUGGAGGGACGGCAAACCUGAUUACACCCCGGUAUCAGUUAGCGGAGCAUAGAUACGGCCGGGAAGAGAUGUUGGCUCUCUUCGACCGUAAUUGCAAGCCACCGGAGAGUAUAAUCGGUCAGCAAAUGUUCUACGUUGAAAAGACUCAACUACCACUUGCGUUUAUACCAGAAACAGAAGAUGAAACGCGUUUACGAAGCAGUGGAUUAAGUAACACUGCUGGAGGACGUGGACGUGGUGGAAGUGUCGAUCGUGGACGUAUUAGAACUGGACGUGGAGGAAUGUAUACGUCUCAUUUUUCACGUGGUUUUGACGAAUCCGGCGAGGGUGGGAGUAGACUCGACGCACAGUCUUAUCCAGGAAGAAACCGUAAUUUCGACAGGUCACAAAGUGAGCGGGGUUGGUCCGAGCGGAACGGUAAUAUUGACGCAAAUGACUGGAACGGCUCGACCAGUCCCCGUAAGGAGCUUAGUCGUGGUCCCAGUGGGAGUUCUCUGAUGGAAAGUAAUUGGAGACGGCAUCGGGGUGCUGGUGAUGACGAGGACGGAUGGAGAUCUAACAGCACUCGCAGUGAAAAGUGGAUACGGGGCAGUUGGCGCGAUGGGGGUGGCUCGGACAGAGAUAGAUUGGAUAGAGUGGAUGCUGAUGGGGAUGAUAAUCGGAUCAGUGGACGCUGGGAAGCUCGAACAAGUCAUAGAUCCUCUCAUGACUCGGCUCAUCAUCAUCAUCAUCCUCAUCCUACCCGUACUGCUCGAACUUGGGAUUCUAAUCACCAUGACAAUCAUGAUAACUUACCAGAAUGGGUAACCGAGAAUCCCGCAGAGAGUGGAGGAAGUUUUGAUGCCUCGGGUGCCUUUCACGGUGGCAUGUUUUCUGACGACGACGAUGAUGGUACAGGUGGUAAUAACUCGAGUAAUCGUACUCGACGUGUAUCCGAAGGCACCAACAGUACAAACAUUAAAUCUAAUAAAUCGAUGUCCUAUAGCAAUAAUAUCAAUCAGAAUGCUCAUCGGCAAAUGAUUAAUGAUUCUGUAAGCCAUACGGUAUCCAGAGAGAGACCUAAAUCUCUUCAUCCCUUUGAAAAAGAUAAUUCUGGCGAACAAGGUCGCACUGACUCGCCUUCAAAACAAUCGGUUGUAUCCAGUAACAAUACCAACAGUCCAUUAUCUAAAUCUACAACAAUGUCAUCGUUAAAUAAUGCAGCUGGUAAAAAAGUGUCAAACGUCGCCAUUAAUCCAACGAAAAUAGAUUCUGAGUCGGAGAGAGUUCAGCUUCCACAACGCUCAAAGUCUUUCGUAGAAUUACCGAGUAAAAAUAAUAGUAGCCGUAACAAUAAUCAUCCUAUUAAUUCUCAGCAGACAAAUCCAGUUUCUCGAUCCAACAACGCCUCGAUUCAAAAAAGUGAUUUACUGCAAGAAAAUAUGAAAAAUACUACCGUAACAAUUGCUUCUACAAAAGCUACGAUAUCAACUUCUCAACGAGCUAUGGCGCCGCAGAAAGUUGAUGAUGAUUUGGAGAGAUUUAAAGAAGAAGCUGACAUGCAGAGUUUAGUGGCGAAGCUUAUGGCUGAUGAGGAGAGCCACCGCGAAGAAACGGGUCAUGUGCUUCCAUCGGUGGUAAAUCACGUUCCACCGUUAGCCAAUGCCACUUCACAGGAAAAAUGGUACUACCGAGAUCCUCAAGGAGAGGUCCAAGGACCAUUUAUUGCUAGUGAGAUGGCUGAAUGGUGUAAAGCUGGUUAUUUUACGCCUAAUUUAUUGGUAAGAAGAACAUGCGACGAGAGAUACGCAACUCUCGGAGAUCUCAUGAAAAUCUGUGGUAGAGUGCCAUUCACACCGGGUCCACCGAUCCCACCGUUGAAGCUAUCGGAGCCGGUGUUACCGACCAUACCACCUCCAGUACCCACAGGACUACCUGGCAGUGCCUUACCCAAACCAGGAAUAGAAGACCCGCUGUUAUUGCUACAGUAUCAGCAAUUGCAAAUGAUCCAAAAUCAGCAAUUACUGUUACGACAAAUGAAAAAUUCGGCAAUUGCUAAACUUUCACAGUCUGAUAGUUGGUCUAGUUUGUCUCCUAUUGAGCAAAAUCAAUUAGUUAUGCAAUGUGUUAUGCAAAAUUCCGAGGUCAGAGAUUUAUCAUUAGCGACAAAUCCCUUUGUGACGCCACUUGCUGCUCCUCCACCCCCAGCAACCAAUCCAGUUAUGCAAUUGUUCAAUCAAAUGCAACAGGCUAAGGUUCAAAGUGAUACCGUCAGUCAUUUACCGUCAAAUCCUCAUUCGGUACCACCACCAGUUCAUAACCCAGCUUUGGAUCCUAUUCAACAGCUUAUACAGCAGAUGGGUGGUAUUCAAAAUUUACCUGGACCGCAACCUAGUAUUAAUCCCUCGCCGAUGCAACAACAACAACAACAGCCACAACAACAACAAUCGACUCCUGAAGAAGAUCCUAUUAAGUCAUUAUUACGGCAACUUCAUAUAAACGCCAAUGGACAUUCACAAUCGCAUCAAAUGGAUUCUAUCUGGCCGCAACCACCUCCACAAAUUAACCCUCAGUUCAAUGCCCAAAAUUGGUUGGCUCAGGUCGGACCAUUGCCUGCAAUGCCUCCAGGCCAAAUGCCUAAUUCAUUGUGGGAUUUACAUACUAAAGACAUUAAGACUGAACAACAGAUAUUAGAAGAGCAAAAUAUUAGGAUACAAGAACGAAAAGAAGAACUUCGUAAGCAAGAAGAAUUGAAAAGGCAAGCUGAAGACGCGAGUAAUAAACGAAAACUCGAAGAAGAACAAAAUAAAAAAUUAGCAGAAGCACAACGUAAAGAAGAGGAACGAAAACGAAAGGAAGAAGAAAAAAGACUAAAGAUGGAAGAAAAGCGCAAGAUUGAGGAGGAAUUAAAAAAGAAAGAGGAUAAAAAACGAAAGGAAGAAGAGAGAAAGCGGGAAGAAAAGCGCAAGCUGGAUGAAGAAAAUAAUAAAAAGAAACAGGAAGAGGAGAAAAAGAAGCGAGAGGAAGCCAAAAGACAGGAAGAAAAGCUGAGAAAAGAAGAAGAAAAACGUAAGAAAGCUGAAGAGGAGCAGAAACGUCUCGAGGAAGAGAGACUUAAAAGAGAAGAAGAAGAAGAAGAAGCUCGUAAAAAAGCGGAGGCCGAAGAACAAGCAAGACGGAAUGAGCAGCGGCGCCGUGAAGCUGAGGCUUUAAAGAAACUCCAAGAAAAAAGUAAAGCUCCAUGGGCACAAGCUCCACACGCACCUCCUCCGACAACUCAUGCUUCUCUGGCUGAGAUUCAGCGGCUAGAGCGUGAAAAGAAAGCCGAGGAGUUACGUCUUCAACAAUUAAUGCAGCAACAACUGGCUCAGCAAAAAGCCCUUAAAGUCGCUGAAGAAGCGGCGGUUGUUGCGGAAUCUAACAAACGACUAACUUUCAAGUGGGCUGAGAAAGCUGCUCCUACUAUUAGUCAGCCGGUUAAAAGUUUGGCGCAAAUUCAGCAAGAAGAGCAGGAACGAAUUGUUAAAGUUAAACAGCAAGAAAAAGAACGCAGUGAAAAAACUAGCCAAAAAGAAGCUGCAGUUGUUAUGCAAAAUGCUGGUAUCUGGGGCAGCGCAUCCCAGUCUCUCAAUUGGACUACCAAUGUCAAUUCAGUUGGUGAUGCCUUUAAAUUUAGCUCCAAAACUUGGACUGGCAGUGGUUUUUGGGAUGAGCCUGUUACAGUUAAACCUGCUGCGUCUGUUAAACAGCCCGCUAAAAAUUCAACGACUGUCAACAAGACUGCCAAUCAAAAUCAGCAGCAACAGUCGCAUCAACAACAACAGCAACAGCAUCAGCAACAACAACAGCAACAGCAGCAGCAACAGCAGCAGCAGCAGCAACAACAACAACAACAACAACAACAACAACAACAACAACAACAACAACAGCAACAGCAAAAUAAUAAAACAACUAAAAACAAAGCUAAGAAGGAAGAAGAGACUGUGAAAAAACUUUUCGAGAAUAACACUGCCAAGACGGAUGACUUUACUCAGUGGUGUAAUCGUACAUUGUCUGGACUUCAAGUGUCCGUGGAUGUUCCUACGUUUGUUGGAUUUUUAAGAGACAUCGAAUCAGCAUACGAAGUUAAAGAGUACAUUAAAUUGUAUUUGGGUGAUAAUAAACAGUGUACAGAAUUUGCAAAACAAUUUUUAGAAAAACGUAGUAAGUGGCGAUCAUCACAACGACCACAAACUGAAGCCGAUGAUCUUUGUAAGCCAGCUCCGGCUGUUAAUCCAAAUGCUCCUACUGAAUUUCAAGAAGUUAAGGGCAAAUCAAAGAAACCGAAAAAAGGAAAAAUGUUCAAAGUUGAUAACAGAAUCCUUGGCUUCAGUGUAACGGCUGCUACCGAUCGUAUUAAUGUUGGGGACCGUGAUUACGGAGAAGGCGUCUGAAUCUUUUUACUUUGCUCUUAAACGUAAAUAAUAACAAUAAAAAU